AAUCAAAACAGUGAAGCAAUCUAAGAGAACCAAACAAACGAAAGCGUGGAUUGCAAUCCGUUAGUGAAAAAAGUGAUUACCAAGUGCUGAAUCAGUUUAAAGCAUUCAAAAGUCAAGUGGAAAACUGAAGGACUGUUUAUUCAUAAAAUAGUCUGGAACUAAAUACAAAUUACAAGCAAUAUGUCAGCGAUUGGUAUUGAUCUGGGCACCACAUACUCGUGUGUGGGUGUUUUCCAGCAUGGCAAAGUAGAAAUUAUCGCCAACGAUCAAGGAAACAGGACGACUCCCAGCUACGUGGCUUUUUCGGACACCGAGCGGCUGAUUGGCGAUGCUGCUAAGAACCAGGUUGCGAUGAACCCCAAGAAUACCGUUUUUGACGCCAAACGAUUGAUUGGACGUAAAUUCGAUGAUCCGAAGAUUCAAGCCGAUAUCAAGCACUGGCCCUUCAAAGUGAUCAACGUCGAUGGAAAACCAAAAUUGGAAGUGGAAUUCAAAGGUGAACGGAAAUGUUUCGCUCCAGAAGAGAUCAGCUCGAUGGUUCUGACGAAAAUGAAGGAAACUGCGGAGGCUUACCUUGGACAGAGCGUCAAAAAUGCGGUCAUCACAGUUCCGGCGUAUUUCAACGACUCACAACGUCAGGCCACAAAAGAUGCAGGUACCAUUGCUGGAUUGAAUGUUCUGAGAAUCAUCAAUGAGCCCACAGCAGCAGCCUUGGCUUACGGAUUGGACAAGAAUCUCAAAGGCGAACGGAAUGUGCUGAUUUUCGACUUGGGUGGAGGUACUUUUGAUGUUUCAAUCCUCACCAUCGACGAAGGAUCACUCUUCGAAGUUCGAGCAACGGCUGGUGAUACUCAUUUGGGUGGCGAGGACUUUGACAAUCGCAUGGUAUCGCACUUUGUCGAUGAGUUCAAACGCAAAUACAAGAAAGACGUAUCUACCAAUCCACGUGCUUUGAGACGCCUGAGAACAGCAUGUGAACGAGCCAAGCGAACUUUGUCAUCGAGCACUGAAGCCACCAUCGAAAUUGAUGCUCUCAUCGAUGGAAUCGACUACUACACGAAGAUCUCUCGAGCCCGCUUCGAAGAACUAUGUGCUGACUUGUUCCGAGCUACGCUUCAUCCGGUCGAGAAGGCCCUAUCCGAUUCCAAAAUGGAUAAGAACUCGAUUCAUGACAUCGUCCUUGUUGGAGGAUCUACUCGCAUUCCCAAGGUUCAAUCGUUGCUACAAAACUUCUUCUGUGGAAAGUCUCUUAAUUUGUCCAUCAAUCCAGAUGAAGCUGUAGCUUAUGGAGCUGCUAUUCAAGCUGCCAUUUUGAGUGGAAAUAAGGAUGAAAAGAUUCAGGAUGUCUUACUGGUAGAUGUAGCUCCUCUUUCGCUCGGAAUAGAAACGGCUGGUGGAGUCAUGACCAAACUCAUCGAACGCAACUCUCGAAUCCCAUGCAAGCAGACUCAGACAUUCUCAACAUAUUCGGAUAAUCAGCCAGGAGUUUCCAUCCAGGUAUUUGAAGGAGAACGUGCCAUGACCAAAGAUAACAAUCGUCUUGGUCAAUUUGAUCUAUCAGGCAUCCCACCGGCCCCUAGAGGAGUUCCGCAGAUUGAGGUCACAUUCGAUAUGGAUGCAAAUGGAAUUCUGAAUGUUUCGGCAAAGGAAAAGAGUACUGGAGUGGAGAAAAACAUCACUAUCAAAAAUGACAAAGGUCGCUUGAGCCAGGCGGAAAUCGAUCGAAUGUUGUCGGAGGCUGAGAAGUUCCGAGAAGAAGAUGAAAAGCAAAAGGAGAGAAUCGCCGCCCGAAACCAGCUUGAAGGUUACUGCUUCCAGUUGAAACAAUCCUUAGACACAGCCGGCGAGAAGUUGAGCGAUUCCGAUAAGUCCAUGGUGAAAGACAAAUGCGACGAGACGCUGCGAUGGCUGGACGGAAAUAGCAUGGCAGAAAAAGAUGAAAUCGACCACAAAAUGCAGGAGCUAACUCGGGUUUGCAGUCCGAUUAUGACCAAAUUGCAUCAGGGUGCUGCCAAUGCCGGUGCAUCUUCUAGCUGCGGACAACAAGCCGGAGGUUUCGGGGGACGCUCGGGUCCAACGGUUGAAGAAGUUGAUUAAAAAUGGAUUUGAUUGUUCCUAAAAAAUCGAAAUAACAUUUAGCUGCUAAUAAUUUAUGUAACCUAUAGUAUUCAUAGUGAUAUUCUACGUUAAAAGUUUAUUUUAACUUUAAGUUGAACAAAUUGUAGCACUAGAUUAACAAAACAUUAAGAAAUCAAGAUCUUGCAACAUAUUGCAUUUGUUGCCUCGA